AUGAAUUUAGAAGAAAAAAAAACAGAAAACCUCCCACCGGUCCGGAAGGUGAUUAAAGAAGAACCCAGGUUGCCAGAAAUCAAACCAGGAGGCCAAUUAGCCAGCGAAUUUAACAAAGUUCAAGACCUCGUCCUCCAUUCACACGCAAGGCAGUCUAUACUUUCUACAGGGACACUGAAAAAAAUUCAGAAUGAUAGGCAAUUUCUCAGUGAUGUGAUUUUAGAAACCAUGCAGGAGUUACAAAAUUCAGGCACUUUCAACAAUCUCCUGACAUCUCUGAGUGAAGAGAGGGCAAACAAAAUGCAUUUCUAUGAUAUCAUUGACAGGGAGGAAAAAGGAAGAAAACGAAUAAAAUCUCUUCAAAAGGAGCUUCACAAUGUCAAAAAAGAGCGAGAAGUUGAAGUACAGAGUCGGAAUGAAUAUAUUGCUCACCUCAAGGACCAGUUGCAAGAGCUGAAGGCAAAAACGAACAUGGAGAAUCGCUUUAUGAAGAGAAACACUGAGCUGCAGAUCUCUCAGACCCAGAAGAAAUGUAACAAAACAGAGGAGCUCCUGCUGGAAGAGAUUGAGAAACUAAGGCUGAAAACUGAAGAAGAAAACCAGAUUCAUAUGGAGAUUGAAAUAUUCCUUCGAAGGGAGCAGCAGAAACUUGAGGAGAAGCUAGAGUUCUGGAUGGAGAAAUACGAUAAGGACACAGAAACGAAACAGAAUGAACUGAAUGCUCUCAAAGCUGCGAAGGCCAGUGACUUAGCACACCUUCAAGAGCUUGCAAAGACGAUCAGGGAGUAUGAACAGGUCAUCAUUGAAGAUCGUAUAGAAAAGGAGAAGAACAAGAAGCAGAUAGAGCAGACUGCCUUGGAAUUAAAGAGCAUCAUAAAGCUCCAGGCCUGGUGGCGAGGCAUUAUAGUGCGGAAUGAAAUCGGUGGUUUCAGAAUGCCUAAGAGGGAGAAAGCUGAUGGCAAGGAUUCAAAAGGUAAAGGCAGAGGCAGAGGUAGACUGAGAAUGAAGAGAUAA